UGGGAAAAAAUGUUAUAAAAAAUAAAAAUAAAAAUUUCUUCAGUGAAAAGUCCUCAGCAUAUAAAAGCGCUGCAAGUGUGCCCCUGUGGUCAUUCAAAGCACGCUACAUAUCGGAUCUAACGGAUUUUGUAGCCAACGAUGCAGUUUAAAAUCUACAUACCAUUUCUACUCGCCCUCAGUGCCAGCCUCUGCUAUGCGUCGACCAGCACAUACGAUGGCAAACCGGGUUGCAAGACACCCGGCGAAAUCGGUCGUUUGUAUAGAAACUUUUGGGAUCCAAUGCGUUAUUGGCGUUGCUAUAGUUUAAACACGGAGGCAUUGUCGGAGUCGUGUCCCGAUCUUACUGGCUUUCAACAGAGUUUGGGUCGUUGUGUGCCUUGGCGAAUUUGGAAAUGGGAGAUACCGGUGUAUCCACCAAGUUGUCCCACUGGUGUUAUGUGCAUACACAUGGAAUCCACACCUUCAGCAUUAUACCCGCAGCCGUUAUAUCCACAAGCACCGCCCCAAGCAUUGGUACCAACAGUGCCGUUUCCACAACAGCAGCCACACUUUAUAGGUCCAUUGCCACCGCAGUCUUAUUUGCCGUCACAAUCUUCGCCGAUUUUGAAUCCAACACAAGAAUUUGUGCCGUUGCAGUCUCCUGAGAUUGAAUAUCCAUCAUAUCCUUUGAUUCCGCCGCAAUCCUCCCCAAUUUCGCAUCCAUCUCUACCUCCACAAACCUUUGUGCCGCCACAGUCUCCACAGAUAUUGAGCCCUCCAUAUGUUUUGGUCCCAGCACAGAUUUUGAAUCCAUCACAAUCUGCACAACCGUCGCAGUCUCCACAGAUAUUGAACCCAUCAUAUCCUCUGAUUCCGUCGUUGCCACAAUACCCCGGGGGACCCAUCUGUUAAACUGAAUCGAGAGUAUAGAUUAGAGUUUUUGAGCACAGGCUUUCAUAUGCAUAUGUAUGUAUAAUAUAAUUAUAAAUAAAGUGACUUAAAUAUGGUGUUGGUUAAA